GGCACUGAUGAGGUGGCACUGGUGGGCAUUGAUGAGUAGGCACUUAUGAUGCUGCACUGAUAUUCAACAAUGGUAGGCACUGAUAGGCAAAAAAUGCCCCCAGGCAGUGGUGGACUGACAACUCAUGGGGAUCAUGGGGCCCUGUGUUCUUGCCCACACUCAAAGCACACCCAAAAAAGACUAUAAAAAAGGUACCAGGGGCAUUUCAUGGGGCCCCCUACUGACCCUGGGCCCUUGGGCAGUGCCUCUGUGCUCAAAUGGUCAGUCCGCCCCU